GUUAACGUCUCCGGGAAAGCCGGGCAGUGCUGAGUGGGAGUGGCACGGAGCUGCCGGGUAUCCUAAAAAGCUGGGUUGCGGCGAGCCGCGUCUGUAAGCUAUAAUCGCGUUAUACCUGUCAGAAUGGCUAGAAUCAAAGACAAGAAAUAAAUGUCACCAAUGGUGUUGGAGGAAAAGGAGCCCUUGUGCACUGUUGGGGAGAAUGCAAAUUGGUGCAACCACUGUGGAAAACAUAUAUUUUAAAAAUGACCACACCAAAUAAGACACCUCCUGGUGCUGACCCUAAGCAGUUGGAAAGGACUGGAACAGUACGGGAAAUUGGGUCACAAGCUGUUUGGUCACUCUCAUCUUGCAAACCAGGAUUUGGAGUGGAUCAGUUACGGGAUGAUAAUCUUGAAACUUAUUGGCAAUCAGAUGGCUCCCAACCUCAUUUAGUAAACAUCCAAUUCAGAAGAAAAACAACAGUGAAGACAUUAUGUAUUUAUGCAGACUACAAAUCUGAUGAAAGCUAUACUCCAAGCAAGAUAUCAGUCAGAGUAGGAAAUAAUUUUCACAAUCUUCAAGAAAUUCGGCAACUUGAAUUGGUGGAACCAAGUGGCUGGAUUCAUGUUCCCUUAACUGAUAACCAUAAGAAGCCAACUCGCACAUUCAUGAUACAGAUUGCUGUUCUAGCCAAUCACCAAAAUGGAAGAGACACCCACAUGAGACAAAUUAAAAUAUACACACCAGUGGAAGAGAGCUCCAUUGGUAAAUUUCCUAGAUGUACAACUAUCGAUUUCAUGAUGUAUCGUUCAAUAAGGUGACCUUAACACAGAACAAAAGUCAUUAAACAUAUCAUUGUUUUAUCUCAUCAGUAAAUAUAUCUGGAAUCUUUAUUGAAAAAAGCAUCAGUUAUUUUGCAAUUUUGUAUGCAUCAAAGAGUACUUUAUUGUAACUUUAAUGAGUAAAUUUUGGGUCAUCCUAUUUUUAUUUUCUUUAACAUAUAAUAAAGCUCACAUAUUUUACAUUAUUAAAAAAAGAUUUAAAGCCAAUCAUUAAAUUUUUCAGUAUAUCAAAAGAAAAACAAUUGAACUGAAAAUUUUAAGAGAUACACAAUUUUUUACUAAGUGAUUAUUUCAUACAGUGAACAUGCAUUAGGUAAUAAUUUAUUGCAUGUUUGGGAACAAUAUUUUAUCAAUAGAUACUAUCUUUAAUAGGCCAAAAUUAUUUUUUUUCCUUUCUCUAGAGGAAGCUUAUUUUUUUAAUAUGGUACCUUUUAAAAAACAGUGUCAAAAUACCUUAGCAUUAGGUGUCUUAUGAGAACCAUUCUGAUUUGGAGAAUAUAGGUAAUUAUGACAUAAUUACUUACAUGAAAUACUUUUAAUCCCAGGGUUCUUUAAAUCCUGAUAUUGGGUCAGAGAUUGCUAGUAUCAUCUGCUAUUUAUCCCAGUUCUGCUGCUUAUAGAAGAGUUCAUUUCAAAUUUGUGUCUGACACUGAAGCAUAAUGAGGGAUAAUGAUUCUCCUAAAAAUUUUAAAGGUAUAUAAAAUUGUUCUUUGUAUAUAAAAAUAUUUUAAAGGAACUUAAAUGUGCUUUCUUUCCAUGGUUUAAAAUGAUUAGAUUUGAUUCUGUAUCAAUUUUUCCCCCCAUAUGUCUAUUACUUUUUAGGAGGAUCAUUGUUUAGCUACAAGAGCUUCCACAGAUUGGUUAAUUGAUUCCUUGGUGGUUCUUGCAUUGCUGGGUAGACUGAAGUCUUAAGUAAUAAAGUUUUCGUUCUUUUUUUGUUUUAAUUGAAGUAUAGUUAACAUACAAUGUUCUGUUUGUUUCAAGUGUAUAACAUAGUGAUUUGAUAAUUCUAUAUGUUACUUAGUGCUCCCCAAGAUGAGUGUAGUCACCAUCUAUCACCAAAGUAAUUGACUAUAUUUUCUGUGUUGUACUUUUAAUUUCCACGUUUUAUUUAUUUUAUAACUCUUAAUCCCAUUUGCCUGUUCCACCCAUCCCCCUAACUCCCUUCCCUCUAGCAACCACCAGUUUGUUCUCCAUGUUUGAGAGUUCGUUUGGUUUUGUAGACUACACAUAUAAGUGAAAUCGGAUGGUCUUUGUCUUUCUUUAUUUGAUUUACUUCACUUAGCAUAAUACCCUCUAGGUCCCUCGAUAUCAUGAAUGGCAAGAUCUCAUUUUUUACGGCUGAGUAAUAUUCUAUCAUGUGUAUUUAUAUAGCACAUCUUCUUUGUUCAACUACUGAUGGACACUUUAGGUUGCUUCCUUAUCUUGGCUAUUGUUAAUAAUCAUUCAAUAAACAUAGGGUUGCAUAUA